CCAGCAUUCAGUUCAUUGCAGUUCCCCACCCAGUGAAGACCGCAUUUUGGCAGAUAAUCUAACGCAGCAAGAUUGUAUCGUUGGAAGAGGUACUCGGCAAUGGUAACGGGCUCGUGAAGCUCUCGUGUGGCUAUGUCGGUCGCCAUUUGGAAAGCACACGUUCUCAGUGCAAGCGGACAGGGACGACGAGUUGAAGUCUCAGUUGGAUGAAGGGGGAUGGAUCGGCAGCCUGUGAGAGCUUCAAGGGAGUCUUCUCUCGGUAUAUGUAGUCGUAGAAAAGAAUCGGACGGACCGGAAAAAGAAGGGAAAGCAGCAGAGGCCCGUGUCAUACGUCAUGAACAAACAGUGAUGUCAUGCGUUCAACCGGUGAGAAUGGCCGUCCUAACCGGCCUCCAUUUAUGGAGCAACUACCCACCCUGCCCGGAAGGCAAUGACUGGCGAGUGAAUUGGUGGCCGAGUCGGUUGUGCUACUGGGAUAACGCCAUUGCUACGAAGGCUUUAUUUUUGCAUGGGGCGGGACUGGACGAUAGAGGGUUGGUCGACAGGGGGGUUGAUAAGAUCAGAGGGUCAAUGGGCAGACGGCGGAGUUCUAGAACGUCCGAAAUGGCCGCCACGGCCGAACCUACUCGAGGCGCGGACUGGUCGAGUAGGAGGGAGUCGUGUACUACAGAGUAGGAGGUAAAGGUACAUACCUUACCUACCUAUAGUGAGUAAAUUCCACGCCGAACUAUUCCCGCGCCUCUCUCGUUCCGUGUCAGAGCACCCUCGGACAUUUCCUGAAUGGCGGAAUCCGCGAAAAGAGCCAUGC